UCGGAGUUGCGGGCGGGCGCGGGCGCGGGCGGGAGGAGGCGGGGCUAGAGCACUCGUGGCCUCGAGCACUCGUGGCCUCUCCUCUUUAACGGCUCUCUCUGUGUUUGCGCGGUUUUUCUUGGAGGUCUGAGGAAGGGAGGUGUAGGAAAGGCAAGCCGGAAUGCUCCGCUGCGCGGGCUACUUCAGGAACCUCUCCUGCCCUUUUGACGCCCGCAGGUGUCGGCGGCCCCACUGCCAGUACAGGCACGAGGCUGGGCGCCGCUUGGAGCUGCCCGUUCCCCAGCCGCAGCUGCUGAUAGGCUCAUCUGGGCUGGGGCUUGGUAAAAAUAUCCAAGAGUUAGAAAAGAUCAAGAAAGCAAUUCAAUCAGUCAAGACUGAAGUUGAAGAAGAGCAAAAGGAACUGUUGUGUUAUAACUUGGUGCACGAUAAUCUUAAAAAUUAUUUGACGCCUACAAACAAUAGCAUUAGAGGAAAUAAAUCUUUCUUUGACGAAGAUGGUGCCUGUAAUAGUCCUGUAAAAGUAAAAAAUCAUCCCAUUUCAAUCUCGGAAAAAUCUAGCAGGUCCAGUAAAUACAUUCUUGACCACAGUUGUCCAGCUACUGAUCUUGAAUAUGACCCAUUACUUAAUUAUUCUGUAGUUCUUAAAUCUUCUUGGAAGGAAGAAGAUGAAAAUGAUACACAGCACUCUAAAAAUGUGAAAAUGUCUCCUUGUAGAAAUUUCCAAGGAUCUAUAAAACAUUCUCCAUCUGAAAAUAGAUGCAGAUCCCCAUGGAAGAGAUCAAGAAGUUCUUCACCAAUAAAACUUGAAAUAAAACUCCAGGAAUCAGAUGAUGACAUGCUUAUAAUAGAUGCUCCACUAGUGAACGUAUCAAAGAAACGACGAAUAAGUAAGACCUGUAAAAAAUGGAAUAGGGAAGAAAAUGAGGUGAGUUUUGGAACUAAUGUAGAAACUGUACGGAAAUCUGAGACAGAGUUUUUAAACAGUUUAGAGGGAAAAAGAUCAGAAGACAUUACUGUUGGUCUACAUAAUGUUAAUCAAAGUGAUAGAAAUAAAACAAAGUUUCCAAAAAUAGGAAGUUCUUAUUUACCAGUGAGUGCUUUGAAUGUAGGAAGCAAAGUUCAUACAAAACAUUGCCCUGUUACUAAAGAAAAUAACAUAUCUUCUCAGAUAAAGUAUAAAAUGAACAAAGAAAUCUUGAAGAAGGAUUCAGUGAAUGUUAUUGCCAUUAAAACAUGCAAUGUGACUGAACAGGUUAAUAACCAUAUCACUUUGCAGAAAAACAAAACUCAGACUAGCAUAUGUUAUAGAGGCAGUACAAAAGAUGGAGACACAGUGUUGCAAGAAACCUCUAAAAACAUACCAGAACAUUUAGGGAAAUGGAGUAUGCAGGUACAUGAAGAAAACAAAUCAUUUACUAAUACACAAAACAGUCCAGGUUUGAAUGAGAAAAUCUUUCUUAAAAACUGCGGUGAAAAUUGUAAUAAAACUGUGCAAACAGAUACCAAAGAAAAUGAGAUAAUAGUUUUAGACUCUUCUGAAGAAGAUGACGGUGAAGAGGAUACUGAACUUUCUGCAUCUGAUGAUACCAUGGAAGAAUGCCGGAGAAUUUUCAAUGAGUUUGUUGAUCGUGAAGCACAAAAGGAAGAAUUAUCAAAGCAGGAGCCAGCACUUGCAGUGCAAACAGAUGUGGAGUCAAAUGUUAAGACAAGUGUGCUUCCUAGACAGAAGAGAAGAAUUGCACAUACUGCCAAAUUUGAUGUUCAUACCACCAAAGAAAUAAUUGCACCUUUUAAGGCACCUCUUCCACAGCAGACUUGCAAUUCCAGAAUAUUGCAAGUACAGCAACAGGCAGUGCAAAUAACAGCUGCUGUUAAAAGUGGUCAAGCAUUUGUUGCUGCAACUUGUGGCUCAAAGAAAACUACAUCUGUAAUACCAGCUACUCAGAUUCAAAGUAUGGGACCCAUGGUUUGUUUAAAUGUGUUUGAAGUUCAGCCUGUUGGAACAAGCAGUGGUCAAAUGAAUGUACAACUUCCUGGAAAUGCAUUAACAGCUGUGCCAUAUAAGCUUUCCAAUAAUCCUCUGAAAAAGAUGGCUACAAUAACAAAUAAGGUGUCAAGUCGGAGAAGACCUUCUGUAAUCCCAGAGUUGGGAUCUAAAGUACCACAUGACAUAAGACAACGAUAUGUCAAUUUUUUUGUUCAACAAUUCUUGAAAGUUUGUGCAACAGUAAAUGAAGCUUUUGACAAGGCAUUAAUAGAAGAAAAAGCAAUAUAUGAUCGUUGUGGUAGUAAAAAUAUGUACUUAAAUAUAGCUGUGAACACGCUUAAAAAACUGAGGGAUUAUGGCAGCAUAUCAUCCCAUGGCUAUCCUUCAGGCAAUAGAAGGACUACCUUAACUGGCUUUAAAAAACAAGAAGACAAAAAUGAUUUUACAGGAAUUGCUCUCUAUAGACUUCUAAAAGACUAUGCUUUGACUGAAGAACAGAUGAAGGAAAAUGGCUUCCCAGAAACAAAUCCUGAGAAACCUGGCAGUGCUGUAUUACGUAGUGCCACUGUAAAAGCAGCUGUAUCUGACUUUUCCAGUAGAGUUUGUUGUAGAUGUGGACAAAUAUAUACUGUAACUUCAUCAGGAAGGCAUGUUCGGAAAGAAGAAUGCAACUACCAUUCUGGUAAAGUAUUAAGGCAUAAAGUUCCUGGUGGUUUGGAAACACGUUACAGUUGUUGUGAAGGAGUGGUAGGAUCUCCUGGAUGUCAGGUUGCAAAGCUCCAUGUUCAUGAUGGCAGAAAGGAAAAUAUGGAUGGCUUUGUGAAGACUUUCAUCAAACCACCUCCUCUAGAUGGAAAUCAUGGUGUAUUUGCUUUAGAUUGUGAAAUGUGUUACACAACAUGUGGACUUGAACUCUCCCGAGUGACAGUAGUUGAUCCUUCUCUUCAUGUCAUCUACAAUACAUUUGUUAAGCCUGAUAAUGAAAUCAUAGAUUAUAAUAGUAGACUUUCUGGAGUGACAGCAGAAGACAUGAAGAGUACUGCAACAUCCAUUCGGGACGCGCAGGCAAUAUUGCUCAACUUAUUCAGUGCAGACACAAUUUUAAUUGGUCACAGUUUAGAGAGCGACUUGCUUGCUCUUAAGAUGUUUCAUAAUAAGAUUGUGGAUACAUCAGUAGUUUUUCCUCAUCGGUUAGGCUUGCCUCAUAAAAGAGCACUUAGAAAUCUAAUGGCUGAUUAUCUCCAAAGAAUCAUUCAAGAUGAUGGUGGUGGUCAUGACUGUAGUGAAGAUGCAAUUGCUUGCAUGGAACUUAUGCUUUGGAAAGUCAAAGAAGACACUAAAGGCAGAAGAUACUGAUGCUUUUAAUCAGUAGCCUUUCUUCAUCAUUGGUUUGCAACAACAGCUGCUAAAAGGCUAUUUUCUAUCCCUGUAAUUACAUUAAUUCAAAAGAGUAUUGUACUAAGUAUAUCUGCUUAGUUGUGCUGGAGGUUUGGGUUAAACAUAGUAUUCAGGAUUAUGAUAUUUUUGUUCAGUGUAAGAUUAGAAUUGGUUAUGUGAGUUUUGUGCUAGUCAGAACGUUUAUAUGAGUAUUUCCUAAUUUUGGAAGUCAGGAAAGAAUAUUGUACUCUAUCCUUUUAUGAACCUUGUAUAUAUGUCCUAAACAAAGAUAUUCGAUCUUGCUUUUCACCUGUCACAUUCUACAGAAAUAAAACAGGUCUAGCUUUCUCAUGAAUAAAACAAAUGUUAAGUUUGUAGUCCUUUCAUUUACUUAGUAGAGCUCUCUAGAAGCUGCUUAUGUGGCCAUAUGUAGGCAAUUUGUACAGUAUUGUUUUGCAUGAGAGCUAUUACUGCUUUAUAGCUUUAAUCUGUCUGUUAAUCUUACAGAACAAAGGGAUUUGUAAUUUAAAUUGCAAAUAGAGAUUAAACGCAGCAGUGAAAAUGUGUAAUACUUUUUAUUUUUUAAAAACACUAGCAAACUCAAAGGCUGUCUAUUACUGUAGAGGAUAUAUAUUUCUAUGAAUUCUCCAUGAAAAUUCCUGUCAGUUCCAUGACAUAACUUGCAGUUGUGUGGGACGAUGUGUACUUUCUGCUGAGUAUACACAGGUACUUGAAAGAUUCAGCCAGCUUGUCCAGUGGGCCUAGAGGAACAUCCCAGUAUGUCUUGAUUUCUAACCAAUGUAUUAUAUUUAACUUUCACCAUUGUAGUUAAAUGUUUAGACAUUGCAUUUAGACAGUUGUUACUAAUAAAUAUAACUAUACAAUAUA